GUAAACGCUUGGCGUUGCUUUUGUUGUUGUGUCACUCGGUAGCAGCGCAGCGCACUGCACUGAUAUUGGCGACGAUUUGUGGCUCGUGUCAUUGGCAAUGUAAUAUCCCAUCUACCUGCUAGUGGCACCGGAUAUACUCGGUACUAGGCGCUUGCAUAUACAUUACAGGAUAUCGAAUUGUUAGUGCGUGAGUCGGUGGCGUUAACGCAAUUGUGUUCGUGCGUCUUCGUGCGGCAUUGCGACGUUGGCAGGCUGCACUUUCUUGCGUUUUUCGCCAAUGCGAUGCAGUGAAGAAAAAGUGCACGCGAAAAAGACGAAGCGACCGCGCCGAAAGUGUACGAAGCAUGCAUUAGAAAUUUCGGCGGCGACGUCGACGUCAGCGGCUAGAACAUUAUGCGAGUAGGUGUGCCGGAGAGAGAAAGAGCAAUGUGCAUGCACUCUUCAAUUGAAGGCAUACAAAUGCUACUCGUGCGUUCGUCGGCAUAUGUGUGCGUGUGUGUGUGAGUGAGUCAGAGCAAUCGAUGGUGUGUUGUUAUUUUGUGGCAUGUGCCGCCGUUUGCUGCGCUGUCUCUGUUGAAAAACCACUGCUUCCUGCUCUGCCAUCAUCGCUGCCUGCUAACCCCGCCACCGCCGCGCAUCAAUAAAACGCAUCAGCGCGCGCUAACUGUCGUUCAGUAUCAGCUUGUACACUGAUUGAUAACCACUUUAGCAUAUUUGAUCUUGCCGCUUACAACGACUUGUUUCAUUUAGCAUUUUGCAAAGUUCUUAAUUUCCUAACAGCCAGCCGUGUGUGUUUGUGUGCGCGCUCAAGCCGGAACGGCAGCAAUAGCGUUUAAUCAGGCAGACAGCCAGCCAGCCAGCCGUCAGUGGGCUACGCGCCGCGUUGAAGGAAACAACACGCAUACGCGCCCGCCGUGUCUUCGAUAAUUUGUGAUAAACGAACUACUUACAUACUUGCUUAGUCACUUACUUACUAGCUAGCAUAGUAUGAGUUUAUUUGAAUAGUCAAUAGUCGCGAAAAAUAGCGAACUUUAAUUUUACUGUGUUUUACGGUGUUUAUUUUGCCUUUAUUUUUGCAUUUUGUGCUUUUACAUUGUGUGUGCUUAUAUAUUAUAUAUUUGUUUGUGUGUGUGAAUAUAUAUAUAUAUAUGUAAGUGUGUGCGCCAUUUACUAAAUGGACGAUAAUAUAUUUCGAAAUCAAGAACCAAGUGGAAAAAAUUAAAUUAAAAAAAAUACAAAGCGAAAAAAAAUUUAGAACAAACACAAGUUUUGUGUAAACUAGCAGCAGAAAACAGAAAACAAACAACAACAACAACAAUAAAAAAAUAGACAAAAAUACAAAAAGCACUUGCGGAAGCGUAAGAGCGCACAAAAUUUUUGCUUGCUUGUUGAGUUGCGACGUGUGGCUGAUAGUCACUCAGGGAGCGUUCUUUGCUACGGUUCUAGUGUUAUUUUCAGUGAAGCGUGCUUGUUAAAGAAAACGCGCUGCCACAACUACAACUGCUGCGUGUAGUCGUAGUAUUUGGAGAAUCGAAGCGGAAAAUCGGCGAAAAGCUGAUGAGCGCCAAACCUAACGCAUGAGUAAAGGAAAAAAUAUAAAAAUAAAAUUAAACAAAAACGCGCGCGCGUUAAACGGAAAUGUGCUAAUUUUAUGUAAUAAUUAUACGAAAAUAAAUAUUUAACAACUAAACGCGUGGCUAAAACGAAAAAAAAAUCAUAAAUAAAAAAUUAACCUAUAAAUUGCAAAUUUGCGUAAAAAUAAAUUUAAAAAAAAUUAUAAUUUAAAUAUUAAAUUAAUGACAUGCAUUGUCAUUAAUAAUUAAUUUGUUUAUAAAAAUUUAAAAAUUUAAAUUAGAAAAAAAAUUGUGAAUUUCAAUUAUUCAACUGAAGCGAAAAUCUACGACCAAAACGAAUACGACCCACAACGACCAAAUAUAUAUAUAGUAUAAUAUAUACAUAUACGCUACGACGACAUCAUCGGUAACAACACACAACGUUUUUAGGCCAAAUAACAACAAUAGCAAACAUCGUUCUACGAGUCACAGCGAACGAACGAGCCAGUCAGUCAGUCAGUCAGUUGUUUGCGGCGAUCAGAAAGCUUGCCAAACUCGCAAUCAGCUGAAAUUUUGACUCACACACAUACACAGUUACACAAAAUACACGCCCAUAUUUCCAGUGAUACAAAAAUAUACAAGGGAGAAAAAAAAACAGAAAACUAACAGUUGAUGGACGACAACAUAACGAUGAUGUACGAAUAAAAAACAAUAAACACCUUAUACAAGUGUGGAAUAAUUCCGUUGAGAAUUCAGUUCCAUAACACUCAAAUAAAAAGCAAAAUGGAUUACUAAAUGCAGUUGAAAUCGAUCAACAGCAAUAGCAGCAGGAGAAGUAGCAGCAAUUAACACAAUUGCAUUGCGCAAUAGUCACGCCCACACCCACACGGAACGACGACCACGACGACGAUAACCAGCACCACCCCAGCAAAUCCCCAAACCGGCCAACGAGUGAAGAUCAACAGGAGUUAAAAUAAAACAAAACAAAAUAAAAAAUAAAAACACAAGCUUAAGUUGUAUGCACGACUUAACAAGCAAAAUAAAAGAGGAAUAAAAGGAAGGAAAGGAUCAACAACAACAGCAGCAGCAGCCUUACCCACCAUUUAUAGCACACAACAACAAAAAUAAUACAUUAGACUACAAAAAAGUCAGCGAAGAACAAAAAAAUUAAAUUCCUGCGUUUAAAUAAUUUAACAAAAAGCAGUUAAUUAAAAUAAUUUCAAUUAAUUCAACAAAUAAAACGAUAAUCACAACUGUGCAACGCGAUAAACCAAAUAAGUUUGCAGCAGCAGCGUGUGAAUUGCAGUUGAAUAUAAAGAGUGCAACAGUGAAAUUUAGCAAAUUCAAUCAAAAAAUAAUAAAAAUAAAACAGCAACAACAACAUAGAUAAUGUUGCAGCAAAACGACGUUGCAUAGUGAUACGGCAACAAUAAAGGCCAGCAAUUUGUGAACCUAACAAGCCCAUUAUUCGAUAUAGAGGAGAAGAGCGCGCUCACGGGCACACCAACAACAAUAACAUAUAAUGAUUUUGUUAUAAGUUAGUGAAACAACACCAACAACACAACAAGAUUUUCAGAUUUCUGUUUACAUUUCGUCGCAGGCGUUUUUUAAUUGCGAUUAUUGAUCAAUUGAUUUUGUCCUUCCCAUAUUCAAGGCAACACUAUACUGCGGAGAAAAGCACGAAAUAUUGACGAUAUUUUGUUUGGAUUUAUAAUUUUAAAUAACACGUCGUAAAAAAAUAAUUAAAACAAAUAAUUACAAAAAUAAAUUUAAAUUAAUUAAAAAAAAAAUCAUAAUAAAAUAAAUAUUCAACAAGCAUUGAAUAAUAAUAACAACAACAACAAAUAUAUAAACCGCAAAUUCAAAACCAAAGAAUUUCAAACAACAAAUCUCCAGUAGCAAAGUAGUAGUUUGAUUACUAACAAACAAUUCUAAGUAAAAAAACAAAAACAACAAAACAAAAUAUUCUAAUAAAUUGCGGAAUUCAACAACAACAACAGCAACAACAAACUGUUUUGUGUUGUUCCACCAUCACUGUACUGUACUGUAGUAACUACUAGUAGUAGACAUACACAUACAUACUCGCUAUGUUGCUGUAUAAAGAAGUAGAAAAAUUUGCUUAAAUAAAAUAUGUUUGCAACAUUUUCCGGCCAUCAGGCAAUGCGCCAACAACAACAACAACAACAGCAAAUACAAGAACAACAAGUCAAGCAAAUCAUUGUAAACAUGUUGUACGCCGCGUUGUAUAUUGUUGCCAAGCACGCAUCGGAUGUUGCACCGAAAAAUGUUUAAAUUCCAAACGAUUAAUUGUGUUCAAUACAACAAAUUCAACAACAACAACAACAAUUAUCGACUAUUUCAGCACACUAACAUUGGAGGUGACGGAGGACGACUGGCGUAGGAGAGAGUACUCAAGGGAGUAGCGUUCAACAGCAACAACAAGUGUAGUUAGCAACAACAGCAGCAGCAGGUGUUCAGCGUUAGCAGCCCACAAGUGACGUGCAUUGCCACGACAACAAAAAUUGCUCAAAUGCAAAUUGCCGUUGUCGCAUGGUGGUCACCAGCAAUUGUCGCUUACACAACAGCUAUAGUAGUCAACAACAUCGCCGCCGUUGCAGCAACACCAGCAGCAGCAGUCAUUGUGCAUAGUUCAUAAAUAGCAUAUCGCAUAGCAGUAAUGUGCUAAUUUCUACGAAAUCAUAUUAGUCGCUAACAGCAGCACUACUAGUUAAUCGUUAACUGUUAAUUGCAUCCUUUGUGGCAUCGAACACCCCCCACCAACGAUAGUUUGAGCUGAUCGUUUCAACACCGUUCAACGAUCGUAUAUUUUGUGCUUACUUCGUGCAUUUCCACUAGAACCGUUAAGUGAAAAGCAACAGGUAUGAAGUAUCCACAACUUGUGUCGACGCGUGCGGUGAACGCCAUAUCUGAUUGGCUAGUAGCCCGCUUGGAGCAAUUAGGCGUUGAGGCCCCGCAUAUAUACGCCAGGCUUCUUUUAUCACUUUUACAAUCGACUGUACAACUAAAUGAUCCAAUUGAAUUCAGCAACUUAGAAUCCUUUCUUGCGAGUCGUAAAGGAGGACAUAGACGUUAUAGAGAGUGCGAUAUUGACGAACUCAAGAAAUUUAAUGCUGUGCAGUGUAUAAAGGACAUUGUAUCGUCAGAUCAGGAGAUCGCAACUAUUGAGAAUCUCGUCGAAGAGCUGUUCGAAAGACUUAAGGACAUUGAAAAGCAAUCCAGCGAUAGUGAAGAUGACGAGCUGCCAGUAGCAACGCUUAACAUCACUCAACGUCAUAACAGUUCGCAGCAGCGGAGAGAAGUGCCAGCCCAUAGUAAAAGUUGCAGGGCGAGUUGUGGACGCGAUAGCAGCGGUAGGUCCGCAGAAGCAGCUGGAACAUCAGCAAGCGCUAGAAAAUUGAACGAACGUGAACAAGAUUAUUGUCGCGCCUUUCCAUCACUAUCAAAACAAAUGGGUGAGUCAUUUGACAUCUGGCGCCGCACUUCCAAGUGGCUAUCAUGGCCGGCGGAAAAGCCCAAAGACGAGGGCGUCAAGCCUAACGCUUCUACUAGUAGCGCCAGCUCGACAAUUUCUAGUAACUCCGAGGCAGAAGGUGGCAACAAAGAAGCCCCAACCAAUGCAAAUGUACAGCACGAUAUUAAAGAAGAAGAAGAGGAUGAAGUUGAAAUGUUGGAUGAAUCCUUCGAGAGUACGGAAACCGCAGCUAAUGUAUCUGGUGCCGAGUUGUGCGAUGACAUAGUGGACGAGAAUGAUGACAUUGAUGAUGACGAAGCUAGUGGCAGCGCUAACGCAGCUGGUCAAGCUUGUGGCGGCGGUGCUAUAAAGCGAAAUACGAAACGUCGUCGCAGUCGUGCUAUGUCACGCAAGAAUCCAGCUGGUGGUGCUGACGCCAAUAAUGCUGGCAAUAAUCGUUCACAAGCAAGUGGCGGUAAAAAUAAGCGCAAUCUAUCGCCCAGCUGUUGGGAUACCGAUUUCGAAGGCUGUUGGGAGAUGGGUCCCGAUCUAAUUAAAGAAUUCAUCACGAGCCAAAAUCGUGGCACACGCAACCGCAGCACUUCGGAGAGCGCGGUUUCCUACAACAAGCAGCGUACAACCGAAAUGGCAGCCGCCAAACACGACGCUGAUGAUGAUACAUGCGAGGAAGCUGCAAAUGACGAGCAACCACAAAAUGAAGAUGAGUGUUGUUUGGAUGAACACAAACCGCCGACUGCUGAGGAUGAAAAAGUAGUAAGCGCCAAUAAAGCGGUUACACCCACCUUGCCACCUGUCGAUAUCUCGUUCUGUGACUAUGAUGAUUUCGACGAUACACUCGCCUCUGUAUCCGAGCUGACCAAUGAUGGGCCCUUGGCAAUGUUGGGCACUUGUGGUGAGGGUGCUUGUGCCGUACCGCCGGCCAACGCUAAGCGUCUUUACGAGCGCGAAUUGUUACCAAAAGACGCGAAAUCCGAUGUACAAUCGGACUUCGCACAAUUCGAAGCUAAAUUUACCAGCAGCGUCGAAGCGCUGUGGAAAGAUGCUGAACGCGACGACGAUAAGGGUUUCAGUCCAUUCGGCGAUGGUAACAAAUUCCAUGCAUUUAACUUUGGAUGUGGCAGCAGCAGCAGCAACAAGAAAAACUUUUCCGGACCCAACUCGCUACCGACCGAUGUGCCAAUUUCACAAAAUUUGAAAAAUUUCUGGUCUAAUUAUUACAAUCAUCAUUUUGACUUAAGCAAAAUGCUGCCGACAAGCGUAAUUGGCGAAAAGGCCAAAGAAUUAGAUGUACUAAUGCAGAAUAAAGCAAACGAUAAUGGCGCGACUGCUUACAAGUCAAAUGCUGGUGGUAUUAGUGAGGCUAACAAAUUCUCCCACGCUCAACAAUCUGACACCCACGCAGGUGGUGGCCCCACAAGUGACUACUAUUCGAUGCCGAGCAAUUUAGAGGAAAUCGAGAAAGCCAAAUUGCAACGUUCCGGCUUACGUCACAAUAGUGGCUGCAGUGACAGCGGCAAUGUACGUCGUGCAAUUGGAGAAGAGCGCAAAACACCGGUGGCACUCUUUCUACAAAACUCCAUUUGGUCAGAGAAUGCAAAUUUUGGCGGCGGUGAUUCCGAUGAAACCUUCUACUUUAAAGUACACAACUCUGGUAAUCAGCUAAACGCAUAUGACGACAAUAAUCGUGAGGAGAAAUUGCACUGCGAUACAACAACAACUGGCAGUAGCUUUACUUUUACCGCUCCCUACUCGGCCUCUAAGUGGUCGGAGGGUAUAAACGCCGGGCCGCCAACAGGCAAUAUGGCAACCCCCUUACUACCGCAUAAGAAUACUAAUUUUCAUAUUUCGUUGAACUCCGCCGAUUGCACGGAUUCCUCUUCCUCGGGUGCAUGCACACCGGGUGCCUCAAAUUGGCACCUAACCAAAUCUGAUGCCAAGAAUGAUUUGCAAAAAGCUUGGUGCGCCGACACAAACGCGGCACGACGUUCGCCACGUGACACUGACAGCAUGGCAAUGCCGAAAAUUACACUCGUGAAUCACUCGUCCACUGGCAGCGGUUUCAUUGCAUAUUCGCGUAUUAAAGCCGUCUUAAAGGUGCAAUUGUGCAGCGAAGACGAUGCUGCAGCUAAGCAGCGCAAUUAUCCAACGCGUUCGAACAGCAGCAAGGAACAACAACAGCAGCAACGUUAUGCGCUCGAUAUGAUGGAUGAUGGCGAAAAUCUACUGACUUCGGAGCGCACACAUUUCCAUCCCAUCAAAUCGUAUGUGGACGGACACACGUUCGAUAUCUGCAGUGAAUUGGACGUAAUUGAAUACGAACGUUCGGCCAGCGGUUAUCUGUACUACGAAGGAGAAAAAUAUCUCGAGUACACGCGCACUGACAAUUUCAUUGUGGAAGAUGACGGCGGCAUCGGUGCCUCAGCCAACCCCUUGUAUGCCAAUUCGAAUUGUGAGGCAGCCACCGCCAGCGCCAAAGCCAACUACGCCAGUCAUGGCAAAAUAAAACGCGUCGAACGUGAUUUCGUUAUUAAAUUCCGCGUGCAACGCACUGAAAUCGCUUGCCAAACUGAUCCAGAGCCACCAACCGCACGCGCACUCGUCAGCGCCAACAAACGCAGCGGCGUUGUCAUGAAUGUCUCGGCAACCGCAGCACAACCGCAUCCUAUAAGUUUAAUAUUCUCGAAUGCGGCGAAAAAUCUGAAAGCAACCGCCGCAAAUGAACUGGUCUACAGCGAUACUGUGGAGGCAUUUACGCGCGCCAUGGCACACUUCCCACCACCGCUGGCUUCGUCCUCGGCGAACAGCAGCACUGCAAGCGCUUGGCUGUUGGGCGCUGCGGAUGUUGUUGGUGAAUAUCAACCGGUCGCCGCCAGCAGCAAUUGGAGCAACUACCAAGAGCAGUCGAAGUUACAACAACAAAAUGCCCAAAACAACAAUAAGAAUGAUGAUGACGAUGACACUGGCUGCGAUGAGGUAGAUUUCUAUGGCAGUCUGGCCGACAUAGCCGAUGAUAUGGAGCAGCAAAACGGCAACAUGGCCGCUGCGCAUGCUGUAGUGGACUUGCCCAGCUUGGAACAGCAGUGGUCAAUGAAUGCAAUACGCAAGAAAUGCAAAGAAGCCGGUCACAUGACUACUUAUGACAACGCCAAUGGCACGAAUGCUGCUGAUGGUGUAGAAGGCGCCAUCGAAUCUGUUUGGGGUAUGUGUGCCGCCUGCAAUAAUGAAAUGAAAUCGAUACCAGCCAAUCGGCUAUUGCGCGACGAACUACAAGUGGAGGCCGACGAGAUAAUGAGCGAUUUGAAGUACAUGCAAGAUUUGUAUAUAGGCAGCGCUGGCGACGGCGACGGCGACGGCGUCGAUGCGGACGAUGAGGAUGACGAUGAUGGUUGCGCUGACGAUGAGAGCGUGGGCGCCGAGACUGUGACCAGCGACAGCGAUUGGUGUGCCGAGGAUAUAACGGCCGAAGUGGCGGAUGAGUGUGCAGCAGCCGAUAUCAGUGCAAAUAGUGUCAAUAAUAAUGAAUUAAAUGAAGCUUUCACCGCUGCAGCGGAUGAUAGCGCUGUCAACAGUAAUGAUUCUGAGACAUUUAUAAUACAAAAGGUGAAUCGUCUCAUCGCCGAAUUAUUGCGUCCCGACAACAAUGGUGAUGGCGUCAUGCGUAUGGACAAACUGAAUGCCAACACGGCAUGUGCCGGUGCAGCGGUCAAUGAGUCGUCACGUCAGGUAGAAGCUGAGGCAACACAAUUUAGCGGUAAUUUGUGGCAUACUAAUAGCAAUGAACGCAAUAUUUGGCAGCUGAACGCUAGCGAUAACACGAAUGGCUUGAUUAUUGCUGGCGGUGGUGGUGUGCUAGGCAAAAGCGGUAGUGUUAGUGGUGGUGGUGGUGGUGGUGUUGUUGCUGGUAUGCAUCCAAUGCAACUUUUACGCCAAUUCAAUGUGAAGCCAAUUGAGACUGCUGCAGCCAGUGCAGAUAACAAUAUUUUUGCUUUGCCCGCUGCGGCUGAUGCAGAUAAAUACCAUUGGGAACAUGAGAAUUUAGCUAGAAUUUGGCAGUCAUCGACACCGUCACCACCACAAACACAAACAAAAAAUAUUGCCGACAAUAUGACAAUAAAUGAUGAUGCCAAACCACAAACCGCAGCCACCGCAGCCGCAGCAGCAGCUGAAGAGACAAAAUUGGUAGUAGACCACCAUCACUUUCAGCAAGCCGAUAUCGCUGAGAAAAAUAUGCGCAAUUUACGCGCCAAUGCCGACGCGAGCGUUGAUGCGGCCGCUGCCAAUUUACAAUUGGCGCAAAAAUUUAUAGAGCACAAGGAGAGCAAAGUGGCUGCCGCUUUGACUAACGCUCAGCUAGUAGACUCGGCUUUAAAAUUAAAGGCAAUCACACGCAAACGUCGCCACUCGGCAUCGCAAAAUUAUUUUCACGCGCAUUUAAAUAGCACCGCUACGGCAGCUAGUGCAGCUGUUGCUGCUGUCAGCAGUUUGGUUGGCGGCGCUGGUGGCGUCACCAAUGCCAUUCAGAACAACAACAGCAAUGCUAUAGCCAAUUUAAAUAGUUAUACAUUGAAGUCGCGUACUGGCAAUGAGUUGAGUUUGCAGAGCUUCUUGAAUGCUUCGCUGCGUUUGGGUUUUGGUGCUGCUGCAGCUGCUGCUGCCGUUGCUGCCUCGAAUGCCAAGAAAUGUUCCGAUUUCAGCAAUAAUCUUUGUGAUGCAGAUUUUGCAUUCGGUUGUGAUUCCACUGCACCGUCUGGUCGAAAUCAAACCAUCAUCACGUGCAAAUAUCAUUUGACUGCAAUUGAACCGCUGGGCAUACAGCAAAAUGAGGACAACGGCGACAACGAAUAUGGCUUGUUUACUGGCAAUGGCAUCGGCGACGGCCUAACAGCGGCGGCAGCACCGCUCUCGAGCAUCAUCGACAAGAACUCGUCUAUAUUGAAGCAUGUCACCAUGGUGUCACGACCGUUGACGCGUUAAAGUGCUGCGCUCGAUCAAUCAAAUAUUCAAGGUGCUGGUACUCGGAAACUUGUCGGAGGAGCGGAUUGGAUUGGAGAGGCGAUACAUUGGAAAUAAAAUUAAAACUGAAACAAAACAUAUACUUUGGCAACAACAACAGUAUCAACGAUAACAAAACAGAAUUCACCACAUGGAAUCAGGAUAAGGAAAAUGAAAAUGAAACAUAAUUCACUUAACAAAAAAAAAAAAAAAACACACACACACAUACACAAAAACAAAAAUCAGCAAAUCAAAUGGUGCUUAACGGUUGCAACAAAAUGCGCCAAAAGUAUCUUUAAACAAAAACAUUAACAACAACAACAAAAAGUAUAAUCUAUAUACGAGCGAGAUAAUUCAUGUUAAUUUUCGUAAAUUUAGUUAGAGAUCAGCUUAUCGUUUAUGUGUAAAAUUUUAUUUAAUACUUUACUUAUAUACUUGCUUUCUUGCUUUCUUUCUUUUAUUUUAUUUUUUUUUUUUUUGUUAAAUGUUGUAAAUUAUUCAUAUGCAUACAUACUACACUACGUACUCUCAAACAUAUAAGGAAUCGCGCGAUUUAUUAUAUAUCUAUAAACAAUUAAUUACAUAAACACACACACACACACACUCAGAGGUACGACGUGAACACACAUUGCAAAAUAUUUAUGUAUGUAUUAUCUAUGUAUAAUGAUGAUUACUCGAGCAAAGCACUACAGCUGCAUAUAUCUUUUUUGACUUUUUUUCAUUUACUUUCGUUGACUGUAUAUUAUAUUCACUUGCUUAAAUUUAAUUAGUUUCUUUCUUUAUUUCUUUUUCUUUUCUUCUUGUUUUUUGAGUCAACUGUAUUAUCAAACUAUUUAAAUAUUACUUUUCCAAAUUUAAUUUAAAACUAUAAAAAAAAAAUUUAAAAACAAAAAAAUGUUGAAUGCAACAAAAAUUCAAAAAAAAAAAAAAAAACUUAAAUGUAUAGAAGAACACAUAUAUACGCAAAAUAGCAAAACUGCAAAAAUGUAAAAAAAAAAAAACAAAAAAUUUAAUAUGAAACAUGUAUGUAUGAGAGAUCCCAAAAAUAUUCAUGUUAAAUUAAAGCUGCGCGCAUGUGAAAUGAAAAGAAGCAGUGUCAUAACGCAAAGCAAAAAAAAAAAAAAUUCGGGUCCUUUAGCGAAAUUUCAACAAAAUUACAACACCCUAAUGUUCACUACAUGUACAACUACAAAAAAAUUUUAUGCGAAAAGUAAGCAACCAACCUAAAUGUAGCAGAACAGCGACGAGUAGCAGAGGCAACCCGUACCAAAAAAAAUCGAAAAACCAUAAUAAUAAUAAUACAAAAUGCUAAUGAUAUAUAAAUUCGAUUACCGUAUUGAAUGUGCGCCAAAAUUUAUGCGCCUUUGUAUUGACAUUUACACACAAUUUUCAAAUUUUCCAAAUUUUUUCAAGAAAAUCAAAUUUAUUUUGCGCUCUAAAUUCAAUUUUCAUAUUUUCAAAAUUUUUUCCAGAAAACCGAAAUUUGUCUGUACACAGCACUACUCUUUAGUAACACCUAUUAAGCCUUCACGGCAUAUUUUAGUGCUGCAGUACAAUUUUUAGUACAACAGAAAAGUCCCAAUUGCAUGUUAAAGUAAAUAAUUUCAUUUAAAAACUUAAUUUUCGGUCACCUAACCUCAAAAAAUGUUUAUUAAUUUUAGUUUCAGUUAAAUUACAAUUAAUUUUACAUAAAUUAUUAAACGCUGAUAACUGUUUAUGCGCACAUUCAAUAACGGUAAAUAUCACUUAAAAAAACUCAUCAACAACAAAUAGAAAAAAACCACACCACCUCCACACGAAGUGUGCGUCCAUAUAAGGUUGUUUAAGAAGUGUAACCCACACACACACACCCACAAACCCCUUCAAUGAAUGACUUUAGUUUAUUUUGGCAUAGAAAUGUUUAGAAAGCGGACGGACAAGUAUAAAUUGUGUACACACAUUGCACGUUCUUUUGUUGUUAGGCAAAAUACAAAAAAAAUAAUAAUGUUGAGUUUAAAUGUAUUAUUAAAAAAAAAUGUAAUAAAGAGAACCCCACAAAGGUUCGGCAAAAAAAGAAACAAAAAAAAAAAAGAACAACAGCAAACCCAAAAAAUGCGCUCAUUUUUUAUUUAUUUAUUACAAUGCAGAAUUGAGAAUUGAAAAUGAAAAAUUUUUAGGGAGAAAAUUUGUGUUGAGGUAGAAAAUGAAAUUAUUGAGAGAAAAAUUUGUGGUGAGAUAAAAAAAAAUAUUUAGCAGGCAGUCAAACCAGGGUUGGUUGAGGUGAAUAAUUGCGUUUUUGUAAAAUUUCGAUGUACACGCAUAUAUGCUACAUGGUAUAGCUGUGUGUAUAUAUAUAUCAAUUCAAGUUUAACGCUGUUUUCAAGUGUAUCAGAGCAUUGAAUAUUUAAGGCGAUAUGAAAAAUAUGCAAAAAUAUAUUUUAAUUGCAAAUUUUUGGCAACAUUAUGAUAAUUCCAAAAGGAAUCUCCAUAUGAAAUGAAAAUGCAAAUUAGGAUGUUUCCAAAAGGAAUCUCCAUAUGAAAUGAAAAUGCAAAUUAUGUUGAUUCCAACGAGAAUCUCCAAAUCCAAAUAGAGGUGCUCCAAAUGAAUUACCCUAAAAAUAAUGUAUAAAAAUAUGCUGAAAAUAUGCCUGCACUGGCAUAAAAUUAUACCAAUACCUAGAAGAGAAGAAUUCUAGAGGAAAUGUGUUAAAAAUCCACACACAAACACAUACAUACAAACAAACACGCCAAUUUAACGCAUAUUGUGGGCGCGUGUUGUUAAGUGCAAUGCAGUUAAUUGCAGAAAUUUGUUUAUAUUCACCUUUUUUGUUUUCUAUAUAUAAUACAUAUACAGACAGACACUUGUAUAUGUCUACAAAUGAAAUAUGUUUUAUAAAAGUUAUAUUCAUUAAUUGAUUGAUUUUUCUGUUAAUAUAUUAUAUUUGCGUUCUUGUGUUGCAUAUUUUAUGCUAUUGCUGUCGUUUGUUUGUUUUUAUUGUUUUAAUUCACUAUAUUGUUAAACUGCGCGAUUGUGUUUUUACUUGAAACUAUUUACAAACGUAAAACUAUAUAAUUUGCAUAUGAAAUGCGGAAAGUACCGUUAUACAAAUAAUAAUAAUUAUAUAAAUAAUUGAAAAAAAAUAUUUAUAAAUAAUUAAAAAAUAAUAAUUAUAUAAAAAAUUAAAAAUAAUAAUAUGCUAUGCAAUUAUGUAUAUGCGAAAAUUAUUUGAAUUAGCAUGAAGUAAUGAAAUGUGAAAAAAGUUCAUUGCGUGUAGCAAAAUAUAUUUUAUUUGCGAAAAUUGGAGUGCGCAAACAAAAUAUGUAAACAAAUAGUGCACACUUUUUAUUUUUAUUUUUAAUUAAUUUAAUUUUUUCAUUUGUUAGCACUCGUGUUUAAGCCGUUAUUUGAGUUUAUUCGAACAUACAUAUGUAUUGUAACAAAUUAACGCAGCACCAUACACAUAAAUAUUAUGUGUGUGUAAAAUAAAAAUAAUAAAAAUUAUUAUUAAUUAAUGUAAAAUUAAAAUUAAAAAAAAAAUAUUUAUAUAUUAUACUAUUUUUGUUUUGCAAAAUUUGACAAAGAAAAACAACAAGAAACAUUAAGAAUUUUGCUUUAAAAUAUUAUGUAUGAAAUAAGGCGAAAUUGCAGCGAAAAUUGGCAUAAAACGCAGCAAAUUUUGUAAACAAAAAAGUUGAACAUUUGUUAUGUAAAACAAGAUAAACAACAACAACAACAACCACAGAACAAUUUAAUUAUAGUAGUAAAAAUAUUUAAUUAAGUAACUACUAUAAUUACGAAACAUAAUUUUCAUAGAAAUAUGUGCGCAUUGUAUUUUGAUUUACAACAAAAAUAACAACAACAACAACAUUAUAUUGUAUGUAGCAACAAAUUACAUAGGUAUAUAUAUAGUAUAUAUGUAGAAAGGUUUAUGUAUAGUGUUAGUCAAAUAUUUCAAUGUAUGUAUGCAUGUAAAGCGCUGUGUGCAAGUAUUUCGUGUAAAAAUUGCAAAAAGUAUGUAAAAAAAAGCAAGUAAAAUGUAAAAAUAUUGUUGUAAAAGCAAGGAAAGUCGAAACUCCAAAUGCAUACAAGUAGCAAUGCAUAUAUACACACAUACAUACAAACACACACACACACUGAAACUCAUACGCCAACAUUUCCAUUACGUUUACGAAGGCGUGACUUCUUUAAAAAAAGUCUUUAAAAAAUUUUGUUAAAUUCGCCGUUGUUUCAGGCAACGUGCAGUUUUUCAACACACACAACACAUUUAAAAAAAAAUGAAAAAUAUUUUUUUUCCCGCCGCGCCUUUGUAAUUAAAACUACACUCAAUUAGAACCGCAGCUUUCAGUUCUCAAUAGUUUCAUGCGCCUAAUAUUAUAGCAAUGCAUAACAUUACAUUAGUCAAAACCAUAAUAUAUGUAUAGUCUCUUUAGGCUCAACCCACACGGGAUUAGUCAAAAACGUCUUUGACUAAUAAGACAAACCAAGCUUUGCUCUAACCCAAACCAAGCAAACAUGUGACAUUUUUGUCUCGUCUUGUUCGAUGUGUGUUGUCACAUCAUACAUAUGUCACGAUAAGCUGUUGUCGUAUUAGACAAGAAGACGUCUUGACUAAUCCGGUGUGGGUGUGGUUUGAGCCUUACAGGCGUUUGUUUGCCACAAGCGCUAUAAUAAUUUAAAUUAUUACUAUAAUAAUAAAAAAAUAUAUAAAUAUUCUCACUUCAGUUAAUACAAAAUAGUAUGAUUUCUAAUAGCAAACAAAUAACAAUAGUCGCGUUUAUAAGCAAAUUAGUUAAUUUUGUUGUAUAUUUUAUACUAUUUAAUAUAUAUUUAUAUUACUUUUUUUUCAAUUAGUAAGGCGCACUUUUAGAUUUUAUAGCUCAAACACUAUUCUUUGCUGCACUCAAAUACAGUUAAUUUAAUAAAUAUUUACCCUACAUAAAGUUGUAAAGAGCGCCUUUCUGCAGUUGUGAAUAUUUUCUGAUCCUUUGCUUAAAAAAAAAAAAACACAGGAAAAAACACAUUUGUGUGCCUACAAAACAAAGCCGGUAAACAGGCGAUACUGUAGCUCUGUAUACGUACUGCUGCCAGCUGCUGGCUUUUUGUGAAAAGAAGAAUGUCACAAAUGGCAAGUUACUCUUUCCGGCUGCUAGCAAAUUAUUCCACCAGCAGCUCUCAUGCGAUCAGCUGAUGCUCUCUUCUGCUAGUUACUGCUAUUUUUUUGAGUAAAGAAAUGCUUUUCCGGCUAGAAGAAUUAUCACUUGCCAGCAGUACGUACACACAGUUUAUGCUUGAGUAUUUCAAAACAAAAUAGCGGUAUCACAACAUUAAUAGUUGUUGUUUUAAUUUUUUUUUUAUAUAACGGCAUAGAACAUGCUCCCAAUAACUUCGAGCAGCAAUGCUCGCCGAGCGUAUGACAUGAAUUGGAGUCUAUUUUAGUUGCCUAUCAAUAUAAUAGACCACCAUGGCGAUUAUAAAACAAUGCUAUAGACCCAAAAACUGAACUUUACAAACUUUUGAAUUUUGAAGUCACAUUUAGGCUCUUAAGUUUUGUAGGCACACAUAUUUUGAAAACAAUAUUUUCAAUUCACUAAGCAACUUUAUACAACUUUCACUUUCACAAAACAACUGUAUAUAUUUAUACAUAAUAUAUGAAAAUAUACCGUUAUAAAGCAUUAAAACAAAAACUGUAAGCUUUUGGUGUGUAUUUUUAAAUACAUAAAAGUAAUAAAGAAGUUUCAAAUAAAUAUAUAGAGUGUAAAGCAAAACGAAAGCUCAUUAGGCACACACACAUAAAGAAAAAGCAUAAACAAACCAAUAGCGAAAACCGUGUAUAAAAAAUAAAGCAAAAUUGUCUGAAUAUUUAUGUCUGUAGAAAGAGCAAAAUUUAGCUGAUCAAGUUUAUAUAUAUUUUGCCGUACAGUCCUAGUUGGAGCAUAGGGCCUCUUAUCAUAUUUAGUAAGAUUAAAUUGGUUAAGUUUUUUAGUUGAAUUUAAAUUAACCUAACAUAACCUUAAAAUAAAAGCACUUGAGCUGUGUCAAGAGUCAAAAAUUGCAGUAUACCAGCGCUAUAAGGUCUAACGGUAUGCAUCUGAGAAGACUAAAUAAAUUCAACUUUAAAGUUAAGCAUGAACGGCACGGCACUUUGCUGUUACUAUUUUUAAGCGUUAGUUUUCAUUUCAUGCAAAAUAUAUACAUAAGUAAAUGUCAACUAUUUGAAAUUGGAGAUUAUUUAUGUACUGAUGUAUAACCUAAAAAGUUUCACGAAAUGGAAAAAAUAUUUUUUUGUUUGAAAAGAAAAAAAAAACAAGUGAAAAUUAAGUACAUAAUUUUAAUAAUUAUGGUGAAAAUGUAAAAGAACUUACAAAGAACAAAAUGAGAGUAAAUAAGACAAGCGUUGCUUUGCGUAUGAAAAGGCAGUUAAGUAAAAGCGGUAAAAAUUUAUAAAAAGUAAGAAAUGUGAAACAGCAAAAUUAAAUAGCUGAUUUAUAACAUAGAAACAUACCAAGUGUUCACUGCACGAGCGGCAGCCGUUUUAGUAAGAGAAAAGGAAUGUAUUGUCAGGAAAUUGUAUGUAUGUAUGCAAGUAGCGAGCAAUUGUGUGAUUGAGCAAAAUUAAAAAACAAAAAUAAUUUUAUUUUUACGAUUUUUUUCUUUAAAUAGGCGUUGUAAAUAAUGUAUGUAUAUCAAACUAGUGUUUACCGUUAAUGAUGUACAGCUGAUGAUAAUUAUAUGGUAAAAAAAUUGUAUUAUACCAAAAAUGUCUAAAGAGAAGAUGAAAAUGAAAAUGAAAAAAUGCGAGCAAAACAAAAACAAAACAAUGUUUAAUGAAAAGCAGCAAAUUUAAAUUCAAUAAAAUCAUUAAGUAAACAAAAAAAAAAA